ACAGCGAGUGCGGAGCUUCGUUGCCAUGGCACCCCCAGUCUGAGUCAGUACAGCGGUUAAAACACGGUCACCGUCCUGGAUUUAGUGUGGGAUGUUCAGUCAGCAUGUUCGUGCGCACCGGCUGAACACAGCACUGGCUUGCUGGCACUCGUGUAUAACUCAGUUUCGCUCCGUCCCGGGAUGAGACUUCACCGUCAACCCUGAGACGAGUUACAUCUGUUGGACACACGCGGGGACACGUCGCACACCUGCGGCCGGAUGGAAAUCGAUGGCGGAACUUGCGCCGCAACCGCCGUCGCCGCCGCAAUCAAUCGAUUACUUCACCUCCUCUCGUGGCCCACGGGGGAGCGCUUGUAAGCUGAUUUAACAACCCGGGGGAUGUGAAUACCUCUCCGGGAUUAGAAGGUUAUUGGGUGAACGACAAUGCCCCGCGGCUCGGUCCGACAAUCCCGGCUAUUGUUCGCGCGGCGGCGGACGCACAGCGCCCGGUCUCCCCCGGUUCAUCUCCAGUAGCUGUAGUACAGCCUCUGCCCCUGCGCCUCCUGAUCGCCCUCCCGGUGUGGAUAGGAUAAUAUGACUUCCUGGCUCCGCACACACGGCAGCGUCCCUCUGUGUCUCCUGCUCUGCUGCUCGGUGGUCGCUGUCUGCGCAGAAGCAUCCAGUGCCGGUGACAGUGUGUGUUGGUCUCCUAGUAUCACUUCUUGUGCAGAGUGUCUCAGCCGUGGACCACAGUGUGCCUGGUGCUUCAAGGAGAACUUUUUGGAUGGGGCGAGCUCGAGCCAGCGCUGCGACCUGCCAGUAAAGUUGCUCAGGAGGGGCUGUGAAGCAGAGUUCAUGGAGCAGUCAGAGGUCAAGGUGGAGGUCAACGCCACCGUCGGCAGCACGCAAGUGUCUCCAAGUGAUAUCAGCAUCACCCUCAGACCAGGUUCAGAAGCCAGCAUCGUCGUGGCUGUGAAACAGCUGGAGCGUUAUCCUGUGGAUCUGUACUAUUUGGUUGAUGUAUCCGCAUCUAUGCAGGAAAACCUUGAUCAUCUGAAGACAGUGGGUGUGGCUCUGUCUCUUCGUAUGACAGAGCACUCCUCAGAUCUUUGGCUGGGUUUUGGCUCAUUUGUAGACAAACCCGUCUCCCCUUACAUCAACGUUCAUCCCUCCAAGAUCAGCAACCCUUGCAGUGACUAUGAGAUCCGCUGUCGUCCAGCCCAUGGCUUCCACCACGUCCUAAGCAUGACAGGAAAUAUGAGUGAGUUCACACGUGUUAUUAAACGCCAACGCAUCUCCGGAAACAUGGACACACCUGAAGGAGGGCUGGAUGCUAUGCUGCAGGCUGCUGUCUGCCAGAGAGCAGUGGGUUGGCGACCUGAGGCCAAGCAUCUGUUGCUCUUGAUGACUGACCAGCCGUCUCACCUGGCCCUGGACAGCCGGCUGGCGGGAAUUGUCACACCUAAUGAUGGCCUUUGUCACCUGGAAAACAAUGUCUACACCGGGAGCACUAGGAUGGACCAUCCCAGUGUGGGUCAGCUGUCUGAUAAGCUGCUUGAAAAUCAUAUUUACUCCAUCUUCGCUGUGGAGAAGCAGCAGUACCAGUGGUACGAGGAACUGGUACGCCUCUUACCUGGCUCCUACUUGGGAAAGUUAGGCCUCUUCCAGGCUCCAAACCUUAUAGAGCUGGUUGUGAGUGCAUACAAGAGGUUGCUGUCAGAGGUCGAAGUGUCAGUGUCAGUGGAGGACAAGGCAGCCAGCAGGUACUGGGUGUCUGUGUCUCCUCUCUGUCCUGAUGGAUCAGCUGCUAAGGGCCAGAGCUGCUCAGGGGUGCAGCCCAACCAGACGGUCUACUUCAAUAUCACUAUCGGUCUGCGCUCUUGUCCUGACGAUGGUGAAGAUGAGGAUGUAACAGUGAUGGUUCGCCCUGUGGGUUACAAUGAAUCCACCGUUGUUAGGAUCCACUCUAAGUGUCACUGCAGUUGUGGACCAACAAAGCACUGCAAUGACGACAGCCAGUCAUCAUGCAGCGGAAUUCAAGACAGCUCCAAUCAGGAGCAGAGGCUGAAUGGCGGACUUAUUAAGGACUCAGACGGAGAUUCAAACUGGAAUUGCAGAGCGGAAGGAUCUGAUGUGGACUGCAGUGGUCGGGGAGUGUGUGAGUGUGGGAGGUGUGUGUGUGAGCAGAGCAGGCUUGGGGCAGUAUAUGGGAAAUACUGCGAGAUAGACGACUUCUCCUGCCCGUACGAAGGGGGAUUGAUGUGUGGAGGGCGGGGUGUGUGUGUGUCAGGUGAAUGUGCGUGCGAGGAUGGCUGGACAGGUGAUAGCUGUGGUUGUCCCGUCUCCACAGCAACCUGCCAGUCAGCCAACGGCUUGGUUUGCAGCGGGCGAGGGAGAUGUGUGUGUGGCAAGUGUGUGUGUGACGACUCCCAACACUCUGGAGACCUCUGCGAGAAAUGCCCAGCUUGCCAAAGCACCUGCCAGUCAUACUGGAAGUGUGUGGACUGCCACCUGUCUCAUGGUCUCACACAAAAAGAGGCAGGACACUGCAACAAGACCUGUGCUCCGUUGGUGGGCUACACGGAUGAUGUGUCAGGUCAGGCAGGGGAGAUGUGGAUUCAGUGCAUGUACAUCAGUAAUGACAGCUGUCGCUAUCGGUUUCAAACAAGCUCACAGUCUGGUGAGACCCAGCUUCACAUUAGCACAAGACCAGAGUGUGUCAGCAGCAGUCGUUUGAUAAGAACAUUCCUGAGUGUGUCUGCUCUGACGUUGCUGUGUGGACUGGUGGUGGUGGCUGUGUUGCGGCUGCUGCUACAAAAGAGGAGCCGGUCACCAGGGGGCGCUGCUGAGGAUGGAGGCUAUCAUUGCACUGGAAAGGACUUGUCAUAUAUCCCCACAAGCAAUGAGAAGACAGUUACCUACAGACGGGACCGUCCACCUGACCGGCCCGUGGAGAUGCACAUCCAGGUUCACAAGAUGCCACUCGGUGACCCCUGGCAGUACUAGGCAGAGGUCAAAGGUCACAGUCAGACGGACAUUAGUUGAGACAUAUAGAAGGAGAGUCGACUAAAGCCUUCUUUUCUGCAUCUUAACUUUCAUAAAACUUCAACCAGCGGUACAUGGAUACCAUGAUAAUGGUAAACUAAACCAUGAAACCUCCUUGGGAUUGCAUUUGUAAAAUGAACUGACCAAGCUCUCAUAGACUGUGUGACUAAAGUGGCCAGUAUCCUGGAAAUGGAAAUGAGAAAAA